AUGCAAGAGAAGAUGAUGGUCAUAGCUUCAGUACAUUCAGCUGCGUUUAAAGAAUCGGAAAUGUUAGAAGGAAGCUGUAUGAAGAUUGAGGGUUAUGAUUUUAAUCGGGGUGUUGAUUAUCAUCUGUUAGUGAAAGCAAUGAUUUCGACGGGGUUUCAAGCUUCGCAUCUCGGCGAAGCCAUUGAAAUUGUCAACCAUAUGUUAGAGUGGAGCCUCUCUGAUGAGCCAUUGGCUGAAGAUUGUAGCGAAGAGGAGAAAAAAUGGAGUUACAGAGAGGCUGUAAGAUGUAAAGUAUUCCUAAGUUUUACAUCCAAUAUUAUCUCAUCUGGUCUUCGAGAGACAAUUCGGUAUCUUGCUGAGCAUCAGAUGGUCAAUGAAAUUGUUACCACGGCUGGUGGGAUAGAAGAGGACCUUAUUAAAUGUCUUGCACCCACUUAUAAAGGUGAUUUUUCACUACCUGGAGCUUAUUUGCGGUCAAAAGGGCAGAACCGCGCUGGGAACGUGAUUGUGCUUAAUGACAACUAUUGCAAAUUUGAGAACUGGAUUACUCCAAUUUUAGACCAAAUGGUGGACGAGCAGUUGGCCGAGAAUGUACUGUGGACACCAUCAAAAGUCAUUGCUCGUCUGGGAAAAGAAAUAAAUGAUCCAAGUUCAUAUCUUCACUGGGCGAACAAGAACAACAUACCAGUAUUCUUCCCUGGCUUGACCGAUGGUUCAAUUGGAGACAUGUCAUAUUUCCAUUUAUUCCGCAAACCUGGUUUAGUUAUUAACAUUGUGCAUGACAUAAGGGCCAUGAAUGGGGAAGCCGUACAUGCAAAUCCCAGUAAAACAGGAAUGAUAAUUCUUGGAGGAGGGCUUCCGAAACAUCACACUUGCAAUGCGAAUAUGAUGCGAAAUGGUGCUGAUUAUGCCGUAUAUAUAAAUACGGCUCAAGAGUUUGAUGGCAGUGAUUCUGGAGCUAGUCCCGAUGAGGCUGUAUCAUGGGGGAAAAUACGAGCGUCUGCUAAGGCUGUCAAAGUCCAUUGCGAUGCAACUAUUGCUUUUCCAUUGUUGGUUGCAGAAACAUUUGCCAAAGAUGCAAAGAAAAAGAAACUGAUGAUCAAUGAGAGGUUCAAGAUAAUCAGUUCCCAAUAA